CAUUGAUGCAUAUAUAAAACGAUUUCAUUUUGGUUAUUAUUUCGGAGGAAGCGCUUCUGAUUUUUUUUUUUUCCUUUUUGGUCCCUUUUUGCCUGUGUGGUUUGGCAAAAGCACAGUUGGAGUAGCUGGUUCCUAAAUAAGUCCUGCCAGCGAGAGGAAACGAUGCUGCGGAGGCUGGUACAGCAGUGGAGCGUCGUCGCGGUGUUCCUGCUGAGCUACUCGGUGCCCUCCUGCGGGCGCUCGGUGGAGGAGCGCGGCCGCCGGCUCAAAAGAGCCGUGUCUGAACAUCAGCUCCUCCAUGACAAGGGAAAGUCCAUCCAAGACUUACGGCGACGAUUCUUCCUUCACAACCUGAUCGCAGAAAUCCACACAGCUGAAAUCAGAACUACCUCGGAGGUUUCCCCCAACUCCAAGCCCGCCCCCAACACGAAGAACCACCCCGUCCGCUUUGGGUCUGACGAUGAGGGCAGGUACCUAACUCAGGAAACCAACAAGGUGGAGACGUACAAAGAGCAGCCACUGAAGACACCCGGCAAGAAAAAGAAAGGCAAGCCUGGCAAACGCAAGGAGCAGGAAAAGAAGAAGCGGCGGACUCGAUCGGCCUGGCUACAUGCUGGCGUGGCUGGGAGUGGGCUAGAAGGGGACAGCCUGUCUGACAUCUCCGGGACAUCGCUGGAGCUCGCUUUCCGGAGGCAUUGAAAUUUUUGCAAAGACCUUCAGAAGACAUAUUACAGCAUUCUGUAAUAGUGAACAUAUGGAAAGUAUUAGAAAUAUUUAUUGUCUGUAAAUACUGUAAAUGCAUUGGAAUAAAACUGUCUCCCUCAUUGCUCUAUGAAACUGCACAUUGGUCAUUGUGAAUAUUUUUUCCAAGGCUAAUCCAAUUAUUAUUAUCACAUUUACCAUAAUUUAUUUUGUCAACUGAUGUAUUUAUUUUGUAAAUGUAUCUUGGUGCUGCUGAAUUUCUAUAUUUUUUGUAACAUAAUGCACUUUAGAUAUACAUAUCAAGUAUGUUGAUAAAUGACACAAUAAAGUGUCUCUAUUUUGUGGUUGAUUUUCAUGAAUUCCUAAAUAUAAUUAUCCAACCUGAUUUUCCUCUGUGCAUGUAAAAAUAGCAGUAUUUUAAAUUUGUAAAGAAUGUCUAAUAAAAUAUAAU